AUGGCGAACGCCAGUGAGCUCGAAGAGACCAACAGUUCUCUUCAAAAUUACGCCAUCACCGCCUCCGCCGUCAAACUGGCUUCUCUGGGAUUGAUCAUCUGCAUCAGCCUGACCGGGAACCUCCUGCUCUCCUUCCUCAUCUUCAAAGAGCCGAGCCUGCAUCGGGCUCCCUAUUACUUCCUCCUGGACCUGUGCCUGGCCGACAUUGUCCGCUCGCUCCUCUGUUUCCCCUUUGUCAUGAUCUCCAUCAGCAGCGGCUCGGCGUGGACCUACAGCCUGCUCAGCUGCAAGAUCAUCGCCUUUGCCGCCGUCCUCUUCUGCUUCCACGCCGCCUUCAUGAUGUUCUGCAUCAGCAUCACCAGGUACAUGGCCAUCGCCCACCACCGCUUCUACUCCAAGAGAAUGACCGUGUGGACUUGCGUGGCGGUCAUCUGCAUGGUGUGGACCCUCUCGGUGGCCAUGGCCUUUCCACCCGUCUUCGACGUGGGCACCUACAAAUUCAUCCGGGAGGAGGAGCAGUGCAUCUUCGAGCACCGCUACGUGAAGGCGAACGACACCCUGGGCUUCAUGCUGAUGCUGGCGGUCAUCAUCGCUGCCACACACAUGGUCUACGUCAAGCUCAUCUUCUUCGUGUACGACCACCGCAAGAUGAAACCCGCCCAGCUGAUCCCGGCCAUCAGCCAAAACUGGACGUUUCACGGCCCUGGGGCCACGGGCCAAGCAGCCGCCAACUGGAUCGCUGGCUUCGGCAGAGGACCAACUCCCCCCACCCUGGUAGGUAUCAGGCAGACCACCCACAACCAGAACAAGAGACUCCUCGUUUUAGAUGAAUUCAAGAUGGAAAAGAGAAUAGGGAGGAUGUUCUACAUCAUCACCGUCCUCUUUCUGCUGCUCUGGUCCCCUUACAUUGUCGCAUGCUACCUGCGGGUCUUUGUCAAAGCCAGUACCAUUCCACAGGUCUACCUGACCGCUGCAGUGUGGAUGACAUUUGCCCAGGCGGGGGUCAACCCCAUCUUAUGCUUUAUCUUCAACAAAGAGCUGAGGAUUUGCUUCAGAACCCACUUCCCUUGUUUUCAAAGCACACAGACGCCCAGGGAAGCUUACUGCGUUAUUUAA